AAAGAAUUGUCUUCUGUCUGAUAUCCUGUCCUGUGGGAAGGCUUUGUGGUUUAGAUUAACAGCUUCCCAUUGUUGCCAGUUGCAUUUGUCUCCUCCCUCAAUACCCUUCCCUCCCAUUCCUGUAUCUUUUGCUCCACAAUUCCCCUUGUGAUUGCCUGAGGUCUUUUGCUGGUGGUUGAGGGUGCUGUCGGUAGGCUGGUCUUGAAAUCAUUAUGUAGAUUAAGCUGCCUUUGAACUUCCAGCAAUCCACUUGCCUGAGCCUCCUAAGUCCUGAGAUUACAAGAGUGCACUAACACACCUGGCUAUCACUGCUCUCCGGCACAGCUGGCUCUUCUGGUUCCAGAAGAAAAGAAAAGAGAUUUUCCGAAGGUCUGGCUGAAACAAUAGAACCAUUUGGGGCAUAUUACAAAGAGGCAGGAAAGACCAUCAACAGCAGCAGCGUUUACAACAAUAACCCUGGAUAAUCUAACCAAGCUUCUUGGCUUUGUGGGAUCUUUGUCAGCUAUUCCGAACUUGAGGUUUUGCUACAGAGGAUGAUGGGACAAGGUAAUAUAGGGCGAGGAGAGUUAUGCUGGAUUCUUAUCAGUUGGAAAAAUCUUCAGUUCAUAGGAAGCACUAUAAACAAGACUGAAGAACAUGUUUUACUUUGAUCCUGGAUACUGUUGGAGUUGAAGAUUACAUCUGUUUUAUCAGGAUUUUUGGAGACAGUUUUUCAAAAAACAGAAGAAAACUGUACUUGAGCACUUCUCUAUGCUAGUCUUAUGUCAUGUAACAUUUUGAACACUGGAAUAAGUGAGGGACAGCGCUGGCUCUAAGAGGAUAUCUGACUCCCUUUUGCUGAUGAUAUGAUGUUUGGAAAGUUGUAAACUCAAAGUCUUGCAAGAUAAGCUCACUAAAUUUAUUUCAAGGACUACAGCAGAUGAAUAUUCCCUGCCAAAAAGAUACAAAGCCUUCUUUGUAUUUUCAGGCUAAAUGUGAACAAUAAUGUCUUGGAAAAGAAAUUAUUUUUCAGGGAGCCGUGGUACCGUUCAAGGGAUGUUUGCUCCUCGAAGCUCAACCUCCAUAGCUCCAAGCAAAGGCCUCAGCAAUGAGCCAGGACAAAACAGCUGCUUCCUCAACAGUGCACUACAGGUUUUGUGGCACUUGGACAUCUUCCGACGUAGCUUUCGGCAGCUCACUACUCACAAGUGCAUGGGAGAUUCCUGCAUAUUUUGUGCUCUCAAGGGAAUCUUUAACCAGUUUCAGUGCAGUAGUGAAAAAGUCCUUCCAUCUGACACUCUCCGCAGUGCUCUGGCAAAGACUUUUCAGGAUGAACAGCGUUUCCAGCUGGGAAUUAUGGAUGAUGCUGCAGAGUGCUUUGAAAAUCUCCUCAUGAGAAUUCACUUCCACAUUGCUGAUGAAACCAAAGAAGAUAUAUGUACUGCCAAACACUGCAUUUCCCAUCAGAAAUUUGCAAUGACAUUGUUUGAACAGUGUGUGUGUACUAGCUGUGGCGCUACUUCUGAUCCACUGCCUUUCAUCCAGAUGGUACAUUACAUCUCCACCACUUCCCUUUGGCUCAGUUCUGGCCAGCAAAGUGGGAGGAGAAGUGGGGAUUCUAUGAGCUUUGGAUUUUGGGACAGCAAUCAGGCUAUUUGUAUGCUGGAAAGGAGGGAAAAACCUUCGCCAAGCAUGUUUGGUGAGCUGCUGCAGAAUGCCAGCACCAUGGGGGAUCUGCGGAACUGUCCGAGCAACUGUGGAGAGAGGAUCCGGAUUCGCCGUGUGCUGAUGAAUGCCCCGCAGAUAAUCACAAUCGGUCUGGUGUGGGACUCUGACCAUUCAGACUUGGCAGAAGAUGUCAUCCACAGUCUCGGUACCUGCCUUAAACUGGGUGAUCUGUUUUUCAGAGUGACGGAUGAUCGGGCCAAACAGUCUGAACUGUAUUUAGUAGGAAUGAUCUGUUACUAUGGCAAACAUUAUUCUACAUUCUUUUUUCAAACAAAGGUCCGCAAAUGGAUGUAUUUUGAUGAUGCUCAUGUUAAGGAGAUUGGGCCCAAAUGGAAGGAUGUCGUGACCAAGUGCAUCAAGGGGCAUUACCAGCCCUUGCUGCUGCUUUAUGCGGACCCCCAGGGUACCCCAGUGUCUACCCAGGACCUGCCCCCGCAAGCCCAGUUCCAGCCAUACAGCAGGACGUGCUACGAUAGUGAAGAUUCAGGGAGGGAGCCCUCAAUUUCAAGUGACACUCGAACAGAUUCUUCAACGGAGAGCUAUCCUUACAAACAUUCCCACCAUGAGUCUUUGGUCAGUCACUUCUCUUCUGAUUCUCAGGGAACAGUCAUCUAUAAUAUGGAGAAUGAUUCCAUGUCCCAGAGCAGUUGGGACACAGGACACCUGACUGAUAGUGAAUGUAAUCAGAAGCACACAUCCAAGAAAGGGACUCUGAUAGAACGCAAGAGGAGCUCUGGCCGUGUUAAGAGGAAAGGUGAUGAGCCACAGGCUUCUGGAUAUCACAGUGAAGGAGAAACACUGAAGGAGAAGCAGGCUCCUAGAAAUACAUCCAAACCAUCCAGUAGCACCAACAGACUAAAGGAUUUUAAAGAGACAGUCAGCAAUAUGAUCCAUAAUAGACCGUCCUUGGCUUCUCAGACCAAUGUAGGAUCCUCCUGUGGGGGGAAGGGAGGAGACCAGCCUGGCAAAAAACCUCCUAAGAGUCUGCCUUUAAGCUCUCAUGACUGGGAAAUAGAGAGUACCAGCAGUGAGUCAAAAUCCAGUUCUUCCAGCAAGUAUCGUCCAACAUGGAGACCCAGACGAGAGUCUCUCAAUAUUGACAGUAUUUUUAGUAAGGACAAAAGGAAGCACUGUGGCUAUACCCAGCUUAGCCCCUUUUCUGAGGAUUCAGCUAAAGAAUUUACAUCAGAUGAACUAAACAAACCACCUACUUAUGACAUUAAAGCUGGUGGACCAAGCCCCAAAUACAAGCCCUGGGGUCCAACACGGCCAGGCUCUCAACUUUUAGAGCAGCACCCUCGCCUAAUCCAGCGAAUGGAAUCUGGCUAUGAGAGCAGUGAGAGGAACAGCAGCAGUCCUGUCAGCCUGGAUGUAGCCCUCUCUGAGAGCUCAAAUACCUGCAGGGAUCCAAGUGCUAAGAAGUCAACAGGCUUCGUCCCUUCUUGGCGUCAUAUCCCAAAGUCUCAUAGCAGUAGCAUCCUGGAAGUAGACUCCACAGCAACCAUGAGUAGCUGGACAAAGACUCAACCCCUCUUGGGCGGGGAGGUAUCUUCCAAAAGUGAACUGGAUGAAUUGCAGGAAGAGGUGACCAGAAGGGCCCAGGAGCAAGAACUUCGAAGAAAACGAGAGAAAGAAUUAGAAGCUGCUAAAGGGUUUAACCCUCAUCCCAGCCGCUUCAUGGACUUGGAUGAACUGCAAAAUCAGGGGAGGACUGACGACUUUGAGAGGUCCCUGCAAGAGGCAAAUUCAGUGUUUGAAGAGUCGCUGCAUCUGGAACAAAAGGGAAACUGUGCUGCAGCUUUGGCUCUCUGUAACGAAGCUAUCUCUAAACUAAGACUUGCCCUGCAUGGUGCCAGCUCUAGCACACACAGCAGAGCCCUAGUCGAUAAGAAGUUGCAAAUCAGUAUUCGAAAAGCACGGAGCCUGCAGGAUCGCAUGCAGCAGCAGCAAACAUCGCAGCAACCGUCGCAGCCCUCAGCCUGCCUCCCAUCACAAGGGGGGGCCCUCCCUCAGCCAACAAGUGAACAGCCUAUCCCGCCCCAAGUACUGUUAAGUCAAGACACUCAACUGGAACCCUGCACGGAUACAGAGUUUGGGGCCAGUUCUUCUUACUUCCAUUCACCUGCUUCCUGCCAUGAGUCACACUCAUCACUGUUCGCAGAGUCACCUGUCCCACCUGCCCCACAGCACAGUUCCCCCUGUAGAUCUGCCUCGAAGCUUCUGACUUCAGUUGAGGUGGACAGCUUUGACUCCUCUGAAUUCCACAGGCAGGGUUUGCCUAAAACACCAGGAAGGACUGAGAAUUCUCAGUAUGAUUGUCUGCCAUUGGAUGCCCUACAGGGUAAGCUGCAAGGCCACAAGGAUGACAACAGCUGCAGCAGGUUCCCUCCACAAGAAGGGAGGGUCAUUGCUCAAGAACAAUUGCAAGAAAAAAGGGACCCUGCGGACUUGGCCCUUAUGAUGGCUUGGUCACAUCCAACAGGAAGAGCUAUGUCUGAGAGAGGAGAUCCACACUGUCUUGACUCUAGUUCUUCAAGUUCAUCAGCUCAGCCUGGCUUUCCCCUGUAUAGGGUUUGCUACCCCAUGAUGCCUGCUGCUUCUUCAUCUGUGCUUCAUUCUCCUGAUCCUGUGGAGAAAACUAACCAAUGCCUCCAAGCCCAAAGCCUUCAGAAUUCAUUGACUUCAAAAGUGGACAGAGGCAAUGAGGAACUCUACAGGUCAGAAUUUCCCAGCACGAAGGGACUUGUUUGCUCCCUGGCAGAACAGUUACAGAGGAUGCAGGGUGUCUCCAGGAGGGAUGCUGCAGGCUCCCAGGACAGAAGUUUGCCAAGUAGUAUAAGGAAGAACUGUUUCCCUUCUGACUCUAAGCCUUCUUUCCCACAGGGUCAGGUGAAAGGCCACUGUCCUUGGGCAAAACAGCAACCAUGCCUGGAUGUUAAGGACAGAUUGCCUUCCUGGGAAGAGCCUGCUGACUAUGCUUCUCUUGCCAUAGACUCUGGGUUGCCUAAUGGUGUAACUCGUAGGGGAGGAGAGUCCAUGUUGGCAGAACCAGGUAUAUACCCAGGAAAGCGGUCCCAAGUAAGAGAUGGUAGGCCUGAGGAGCUAAGUAGCAGUUUUAACUUGGGGACUUCCUUGCCUUUGGAUUCCUGGGUGAAUGUCACAAGGCUCUGUGAUUCUCAACUUAAACAUGGGUUAUCUGGGCCAGGAGUGAAGUCCUCUCCCCAAGAUUCUCACACCUGCAUAAUUUAUCCUGAGAGGAAUCAUAUCCUUUUGCAUCCACAUUGGAACCAAGAUACAGAGCAGGAGACCUCUGAAUUAGAGUCUCUCUACCAGGCCAGUCUUCAGGCUUCUCAAGCUGUCUGUCCUGGAUGGGGGCAGCGAGAUGUGGCUUGGCAUCCAAUUAGCCAACCAGGAUUGGCAGAUGGCAUGGGGAGGAGAUUACACUCAGCCCCUAGUCUUGAACUUUCAAAGACCCCAACAACAGAAAUGGAGCACAUUCUCCGUGAAGUCAGCACAGUGCCUGUGUCACAGGUAGCAGCCUCAAGUGCAAAGGCUGCAGCUUACCAAGACCUCAGCAGGGAAUAUGGGGAGGAUGAACAGUACAGUGCAGAGAACUUUCGUCGCAUCUCAUGCAGUCUCAGUGGCACCAUUAUCUCAAAGGGGGAGGAGGCUCCAGUGUCUUCCCACAGUUUUGAUUCACCCAACAUAAGGAGAAAGCCUUUGGAAACCGAGAACCGUUGUUCCAGCUCCUCUUCCCUCCCUGUCAUCCGUGAUCCUUCUGUGUUUCUCCUUGAUUCCCAACUCCACCUUCCCCAAACACAGUUCCUGUCCCCAGAUGCCCUGAUGCCCAGCAUGGCAAGGGAGCCUUAUAGACUCCAAGGAAGUUCGAGGAAUGUCCAGCAGUUUCUGGCUAUGUGUGACAGGAGUGAAACUUCCCAAGGGGUCAAGUACACAGGAAGGACUUUAACCUAUCGGAGUCUCCCCCAUCGUUCUAGAACUGAUGCCUCCUUGGGACCCUGGUCAGAGCCCAACCAGCACAUUAGGGCCAGACUCCCAAGUACCCCAGGAUGCAAGCCUCAGCUAACCCACACUGCCACACUAGCAGAGAGAUGCCAGAGCUUCCAGGUUCCUCAUUCUCAAUCCUGGGGAGAUCUUUUCCAUUCACCCCACCACUCUUCCAUUGUUCACCCUGUGUCCCCACCAUCCAGCAGUCUUCAUUUACCCCCGAGGGCAGCUUGGAACGCAGCCUCUGUUCCAGUGUCACGAACAUCUGGUCCUCGAAGAGUAGAUAUUCCCCCAGAUGACGACUGGAGGCAAAGCAGUUAUGCCCCCCAAUCUGGAGUCAGGAGGACAGGAGAGAGAGGUUUCUGUUUGUUUUAGCACAUGGCCCUGGAAUAGAGCAGAACAAGGCUAGAGUCCUGCAGCACAGCAAAUGGUAGGGCUCACCCCUUGCCUGUUUUUUUUUUUUUUUUUUCUUUCCUCUAUAAAACUACUGUGGGAAAGUUGGUACCCUGCAUCCCUAUCAUGGCUGUGAGAACUGUCAGUUUCUCCAAGAAAUACCAGGAAUGUCUUAAGAGACCUGCCUGUUUUGGAGGAAAUAUUUUAAAUUCCAACUUAGAUUUCCUUAGCAAAAGGAAGCAGAUGACUAUGUAGGACUUACAUGAGCCACUUUAACAUCGAAUCUAUCAUAUUACUCUGGAAACUAGCCCUUCCUUAGUGUCAUAAUGUCAUCAUUUUAUUCUCAGAUACAGUUCUGCCCCUGCCUCCACCUCAUCGUCUGGUUCCUAUUACAUUCCUAAAUUCUACUCUGUUUUGUCCAUGUAUUCCUUUCAUUUGACUAUCUUCUCCAUCUCCCAUCCUUGGAGGGUCCUGACCACACCAUUCAGAGAAGCUCACCUGCUGAGGUAUUAUGUGUGGCCUGUCAAUCUUUCACAUGCCCCAAACCUGGCGUGCAGAGGUGCCAGCAUAUUCACCAUUCUGAAAAGAUGGAGUCAGGAACACUAACAAACCCCUUGUCCCCAGCAGCAGAGCCAUUACUGCCACUUGCUCAGUCGCCAUUGUAAACCCUCAGUUCAGCUGAUCCCUUUUAGAGCCAAACAUACUGUUUUUGUAAAGUAUUUUUCAUUAAUAAAUCUAUGAGAGAUAUAUUUAAUGAAA